AUGGGUGCGGCUGCUGGAUUAUUUGCAAAAUUAUGGUCACCUCAAGAAAUCAAAACAAGAUUCUCAGACAUAGGCAAAGGAACAAUUGAGGUUGAAAAAGGAGACAUAACAGCCCAAAACGUUGAUGUUAUUAUAGGAACCUCAUCAUCAGUAAAUCUGAAGAAUGCAAUAUUAGAUGCGGCUGGCACGGCAGCAAGAACUGCGUAUAAUGCUGAACUUAGAAAAAAUCCGCAACCCAUAUUAAUAUCUAUUCCAUCUGGUGGACUACCUUGUAAAAAAAUCUUUCUUAUUAAGUGGAGACCGGAACAAGAUGAAGCUAAACUUCGGAAAUCAAUCGCUGAUUUUAUAAGCAAUGCUAUCAAAUAUGUUAUUGAACAUGGUUUUACUUCAGUAGCAUUUCCGGCCAUCGGCUGUGGCGACCAUCAAUGUUCUACAAAUCUUGUAAUCACGACAAUGGUAAAAGAAAUAAUACAUCAGAUACAAUUGCACAAAGAAUCAUUGUUGGUAAAAAUCAUAGUGCAAGCCGAGUAUCAGAAUAUUUAUGAGGCAUUUUGUAAAGAAAUUCCAGCUGUGAAACCAGGUAAAGUUAACAUUCUUCUGUUUCGGUUUCACAUGUUUUAUUAUUUGAGUGAGAAGAAUUUCAAGAAACUUUAUAGUGAAGUUUUUUUCGAAUAGACUUAACAAAGUCCAGCGAUGUCCACAUUAUGCGAAAAGUACAAUUUACUGGACAUCGUCUAGAAUUGAGACAACAAUGGAUAAAUCACUUUAUUCAACGAUCUAAACCUACGACUGCGUAUAUCUGUCACUAUCUUUUCAUGCGAACUUGAAACGGUCAAUAAAAAAUGAAUGCACAAGGACGUCACUAUCCUACAGAUGCUUCGAGGUAACUUUUAGAUCACACUCUGUGACCCUAUGCAUGAGCAUCUAUUAUGCGAUUUCUAGCACACAUCAUAUGGCGAUGUAAACAUCACACAAUCAUAGCAGAACUUCAACAUAGAGCUCCAAUUUUAAUGGCUUCAAAGCGCAAUGAAAUUGAGUAAAAAGAUGAACAAAACUUGUGAGCGAGGUCAAUUCUACGUCACUUCGACAAUAAUUCCGCUAGAAAUCCUUGACUAUGAUCUCCGAGCACACAAAAUGUGUGACAAUGCUUGUAAAGUGUAUGAGAGCAUGCGAAGAGUCACCGUUUGCUCGUAAGAUGGUUGAGACAUUCAUCAUAGCGAUUUUAAGUCAAUUUAUAGUACAGGUUUAUAAUAUAAUAGCUUUAUGUCGAUGAAUAUUGUGAUUUUCAUAUAUUUGUCUCAAUUCCCCCUGUUUUGCAAAACACGAAAAUACGAUUGGGAAUGAGCAUUGAUUAAAAUUUGAAUUAAAAUCUCACGUACGGUGGCAGACUUUUCGAUAUACUGCUCGUUUGAUCUUCUCGUGGAUCGUGAUCAACAUAACGAGGAUCUAUACGUACAUUGAAAACGACACCGUCGUGUUUCACAUCUUAAACCCAUAGGAACUAUAUUGCAAACUUUGCGGUCAAUUCCAAUUCUUUGGAGAAGCUGGGCAGUCUUCAAAAUUUUUCUAAUAAAACUUCGACUUCGCCGCCUUGUGGCUGCUACUGCAAUGAGAAUCGAGGAAAAUCACUUAACCAUCGAUGUGUAUUUCAUUAGAUUCGGUAGCAUUUGUUAAGUACCAGCUACCAGAAACCUGGGUUCGAUCGACAGAAGGUACACUACGAUUUACGGUAUCGAACACAACUCCCGAGUAUGAAUCACUCUGUACCAUGUUUCAACAAGCAAUGAAAGGAAAAUGUAAACAAGUGGUAAGAAUUGAACGAAUUCAAAAUGAACAGUGGUACAUACAAUAUAUAGCACACAGCAAAGGAUUUUGUAGAAAACUAAAAAAGAAUACGGAGAGACGUUUAUAUCAUGGUUGUUCUCACGAUGCAGCGGAUUCAAUCAUCAAAAGUUGUUUUAACAGAAGUUUUGCUGGAGUGCAUGGUAACACUAAAUCCACUGUUCUUUUGACUAUUUCAAUCUCAUGUAGUUUAUCUUUAGGUACUGCAUAUGGCCAAAGUGUUUAUUUUUCGACAAACGCAGCUUACAGUCACGAUUAUGCUACUCCUAAAGCCAAUAGCGAACGAUGUAUGUUUGUAGCGCGUGUUCUUAUUGGAACAACAAUCCCUGGAAACAGUUCAAUGAGAACGCAACCUAUUGGGUUUGAUUCAACCACGGAUGGAAAUCAUAUUUUCGUUAUCUAUCACGAUGCACAAGCCUAUGGAGAAUAUUUGAUUACAUAUAAAUAGAACUAACAUCAAUUUUGAAAGAAGAGAAGGCAUGAACGUGUUUUGAAUAACAUUUGAUAUGAACAUAAUCGAGACAUACGAUCUUCACUAUUAGAAACAGAAGAACAAGGCACAUCGAAUCAUACAUAAAAGAUAUUUCUGAUAAGUGAGAGUAAUAGUUUCUAUUGAAUUUUAUUCAAAAAAUUGAACGUUUGAGCUUGAUGUAUAAAGCAAAUUUUCAUCAAAAUAUAGCGAAAAAAGGGAAAUUUUCACCUAGUUUUCUCGAAAAAUUGAGUAGAAACUCACAGCAAAAUGUCUACAACUCUUGAACGGUACAAGUUAAAAAAUCUGGAGAUUGCACAGUUUUGUAGGUCUUCGAUUGGCAUUUCGGAUGCACUCCUGAAAAUCGAAAGGACGGGAACAAAGGAUCGUUUUGGCUCAAUUACAUCCAAAUCAAGUGUCUCCUAUCAAACAAAAGAAAUAAGUGUUUCGGUUUUAAGUGAAAGAGAAAGAGAAAGAGAAAAAAGCAACGUCCCACUCACACCUAUUUUCUUCCAGUGUCCUUAAAUAUGAU